AUGGCUACCCUUCCGCUUUCCAACAUGUCCUCGGACCUGGUCUGGGAGAUUGUUCGCAACAACAACUGCUUCCUGUCCAAGAGCAACCGCAAUGGCGGCGUCCAGUUUUCCCACGACCCCUUGAACCUUACCAACAAGAACACCCGAAAGGCUGUUGGUAUCAUCCCCAACGAGAAGGGCGGCGUUACUGUCAUCAGCAAGAAGACCACUGAUGCCACCAAGCCCGCCAAGGCUUUCAUCAAGACCACCCACGGCGCCAACAAGUCCAGCCGAAAGACCUACAAGGCCGUUGCCAACCUGACUGCCAAGUCUGGCUACCGCAGCGAUCUCCGCUCUGCCGCCGUUGAGCGUGUUUCCGCUAUCCGCCGAGCCCAGCGCCCCGUCAAGCCCGAGCCUGAGCCCAAGCUCCGAGGAAACAAGGCUAAGAAGGCUGAGGAGUCAUCUUAG